ACACAUAUAGUUAUUUGCGUAGUAUAGAAUAUCAUUCAUUAUUAUUUUGUUUUACCAAAUAUGCAUAGUAAUGGAACAGAAAAUACUGUUUUUACCUAAUUCAUACAUAAUUAAUUAUUUUUUUGCACAAGGUCAUAAAACUUGUCUUUUCAGAUGAAAGAAUGUUUUCGAUUUAGGUAUUUAUUUUUCAAUUUCUCUAACAUAUUUCUAUUCAUUGAAUUCUUAGAUUAGAUGUUAUUACUGAAUUUUUGAUUGGCUGUGAGUUCUGUCACUUAGUUUACAAACGCGGCGCUGAGGUUCUUCCUCUGUCAUUUUUAACGUCAAUGACGUUUGUCAAAUUGCAGCCUCAUAAUAAAAAUACACUUUAACGUUUAAAAAAAUAAAUUUUUGGUGCUUGCAUUGAAAUGAAAUGUCGUUCCGUGGAAGAGUUCUAGGAUUUGUGGAAGUUAUUUUAAGAGUGCCACCAUUAUUUGUUAUAGAUGAAAUACUAAAAAUUGGACUUUUUGGUAUAACAGAGUUGUCACAACAUGACUUAUCAAAUAUCGAGGAAAAAUAUGCUAAAAUUGAAAAGGAAUUUAGUAAUGUUACAACGAAUAGUGACCCUUAUGAUCCUUUGGUGUACAGGUUUAUUAUAAUGACCGUAAUUAGAUUGGUAAUCAGCACAUUAGGUUGCAUAAUAGCAAUAUGUAUGUUUAUUCUAAGUACGAAACACCUGAUGGUAGUCUACAUGUACCUUAUAUCAGUCGGCCUAGUCAUCAUCUCCUACUGGACGAACGUCAACACCGUUAAUUCAGCUUUGGAUAUUGAAACCUUCGGAAACGGCACUCUCAACAUAAUCAACGUUCUGUCACUUAACCUCGAACAGUUGCUGCAACACAAAGUUUAUUUAUUUAACGUAGUUCAAAAUUAUUUCUUCCAAUUCCUACUAGCAAUCAUUUUUACCAACAUACACUUGGGGCCUCGAAAUCCAUGGCUGCAAAAAAUCCUACCGGUAGCCUUUCUGAUUCCUUCUGUAUUAGUUGUAUUGCCCACGCCUCCAUUCCUUUUAAACCACAUACCUUUCAUAGCGGCCCUAAUACCGUUAGCACUAGUUAAAUUCGUUUUAUGUACCUCUAUUAUACAAAUAAUUCAAUCAAUUUACACAGGCUACCUGCAAGCUAAAAUUUUCGUUGCUAAUUUUGGAAUGUCUGCUCUGGUGGAAUCUGAAUGGUUGAGGUUAAACGUGCCAGAAGUUUUGAGAACUUUUUGGAUGCUCAGAGUUUUGGAGCACACUGGGAUAUUUUUCUUAUCAGGUUACUGGGAAAUUGAAGAUGAAAACUCCCCUUACUUCAGAUUGAUGAAAUACCUUAUGGUAACAGGUUGUGACACUCUCACCGCAGUUCUAGGUAUCACUAGUAUUGUGUCAUACAUAUGUAAUUACAUUGGAAAAUUCUUUCAAUGGAUUCUUCUCACGGACGAUGAGAAUGAUAAAAAUUUUGGAACGGUAUCUGCUAUAGUCUUUUAUAUAUUAGCAUUGCAAACUGGUUUGACUGGUUUAGAACCCGAAAUACGUUUUGUGAGGUUAUGCAGAAACUUUUGUUUGCUAUUUACAGCUCUCUUACAUUUCACUCACAACGUAGUAAAUCCUUUGUUGAUGAGUUUAAGCGCUUCUCAUAACCCUUCCCUGAAGAAGCACCUGCAUGCUCUAUUGGUAUGUGGAGUAUUGGUCAUGUUACCUAUUAUACUGAUGUACUUUUUGUGGAAAACCCAAGAACCGUCUACGUGGUUGUUGGCGGUAACAGCUUUUAGCAUAGAAGUCAUAGUCAAGGUUUUUGUAUCCCUAGCGAUCUACUCUUUAUUCCUACUUGAUGCCAGAAGAGAAACCUUCUGGGAAAAAUUAGAUGACUAUAUUUAUUAUAUAAGAGCCUUCGGAAAUACUGUUGAGUUUUGUUUUGGCAUAUUUUUAUUCUUUAAUGGUGCUUGGAUAUUGAUGUUUGAAAGCGGUAGCGCAAUAAGAGCUGCCAUGAUGUGUAUACAUGCUUAUUUCAAUAUUUGGUGCGAUGCUAAAUCUGGUUGGUCCGUAUUUAUGAAGCGUAGAACCGCUGUAAACAAAAUAGAAUCUCUUCCCGAGGCCAACAAAGAACAGUUAAGGUUAUUAGAUGACGUAUGUGCUAUAUGCUAUCAGGAGAUGCAAAGCGCUAAAAUUACCAAAUGUAGACACUUUUUCCAUGGUGUUUGCUUAAGGAAGUGGUUGUACGUUCAAGAUAGAUGUCCCCUUUGUCACGAAAUUCUUCACGGUAUAGAAACCGACGAGAGAAAAGAAAACAAUCAACAAGAGGCUGCUGCUAUCGUAGCCGACGAUCAUAAUUAUGAUAGGUGAUAGGUUAACAAAUUGUGAUAUAGGUUUAAAAAAAUUUUAUUACAAACGAGCUUGGAGUAAUGAUGACUAAGUGAAUACUAUCAUCUACGAUUUUAUUGGCUGUAAAUGGACUUUGAGAAAAAGAUAUGUAUAAAAAAGACAAACAAGUAAAUAUACGUGUAAAGAAAUAUGAGGUUUCAAUGUAGGUAUAUCUUGGCACGGAAAAAAAAGAUUUAUUAAUGAAAAAUUAGUAGUAGUGAUAGUUAUAAUAAUAUGAAUGAAUUAUUCGAGAAUUCUUAAACAUUUAGCUUUUGGAAUUUUGAAAACUGAAAAAUUUAACUCCUUAUUGUACUUGAAAAUAUUCUGUUACUGAGUUGAAAAACUAUAUCAAAUCCUUAUGUACUUGGCAGAAAGUUAAGACCCUACUAAUUACAUUUCUUCUAAUAUCAAUUGCAGGUUAUAAAAACCCUUGCCGGCAAUUGUUUGAUCUGCCAUAGGCGUAGAUAACUCAUUUUAUAAAUUUAGUAUUCGUUAAAAGACAAUCCAAUCAUUAGUUAGACAGAUGCAUUUAAUUGUAGUUCUACUUAGAACUUGGAAAAAAAAUCAUUAUUAUACCUCGAGACUUGCUACCACUGAAUAUUAAAUUAUAAAACUUAAAUAAACGACUAAAAUGUACCUGUCUGUAAGGGCGUUUGGUUUAAACAGAGCACCAGACGCGAACUGAGCCCUUUUUGUACCCCAUUCGUUUUUUUUUUCUGGAAAACGAAAUUUCAAAGCAAAAACUAUAAAGGAAAAUAAAUUCUUUACAAAUAAAACAAAAUAAAAAAAAUUCAAUUCCAAAGUGUAUUUAUAUAUAAUAAUGGUAGCCAGAAUCGACUCGACUAGUCAUAAUUUGAUUGAAUUAUGAAGGGUUGAAAAGAGGGUUAUAUCACAUACUCAUCUUCUUCUUUGAUAACAUGUUCCGCACAGUUCAAAGCUCUUGGCGGUCUGCUGCUAGAACUUUCUCUAGGAGCUCUACAACCUCUUCACUCAAUCCUGUCUAUUCUCACUACACUACACUCAUAUUUCUAUUUAUUUGAAAAAAUUUAUGAACUAAAUGAAUCUCACCAAGUGACGCCAAUGCUUAUCGCAGUUUGCCUGGCAGGAAUAUUUCGAAGAAAUGUUGUACGACAGCUAUGGCCAAUAGAAAUGCAAUUAUGUUUACGAUUCGAUGUUUUCAUUGGUAAACAGUGAUGAUGAGUCCACGUGGACUGACGGUUUGUUAAAUGUUUACCGAAGUAAACAUUAUUUUUCAUUUCUUAAUUUGGUAUGAGUGCCGUGCGUAUUUAUGAAUUAUUGGUUUCUCGCAUAAUUGUCUUCUGCAAUUGAUAUUGGAAGAACUAUACCACUAUAAGACUCAGUGCAACGUAUAUUUUGAAAUAUGUUUAUCUAAUUUUAAAAAAUUGCUACUUAUAUUAAAAAAUCUUUUUUUGUGUGUGAAAAAAAUGGAAUUUAUUAUUUGUCAAAUUAUUUCAUAAUUAAUAUAUUUGGAUUAAAUAAUUAUUCUACUGUAUGUAAUUUGAAUUUAUAACUUAAGACUUGGCAACAUUGAUAUUCAUUUCACCAAUAAUAAUAAAGUACAGUUUGUUAUAUACAUAGAAUUAACAACAAUAGGAGGCUAGUAGAUAUACAAGGGUAUGUUGAAUAACUACAAAUGUCAAUAGAAAAGCAUUAUACUCUAUUUAACAUUUAAAAAUAUUUAUUUUGUCAGUAAUAUGGAGGUUAUAGAGAAGGGGAACAAUCUAUAUACACGAAAAGUAUCCGUCUAAAUGUGGCGCCACAUUAACUACUGGAUAAGUUUUAGAGCAAGCGCCAAAUAUUGGACAACUUUCCACAUUUUUGUACAACACAAGUUGUUGAAAUGUUCAGUAAUAAACUAUGAUAUUAAAUUUUUUAACUCGCAUAUUUCAAUUACUCUACAAUUUUUACAUUCAUACCAGCAAAGUUUUUGAACUGUUCUUUAUUGUAUACAGCUGGAAACUAUUUCAACUUAUCUCCCAUAAGAGAUAAUUCUCCUUCUCUUUACCAUCCACAGUCAGUAUCAUGAAUUAAUAAUUUGCUGAAAUGGAACAAUCAUUGCAAUGUAUUUAAUAAUAGUAUUCAAUAUCUCUACCUAAAAGGAAACGUAUCUAAAGCAAUUGGACAUAGUUCUGAUAUUCGAUGAGUAUUUAUAAAAAGUUUUUUCUUUCAAUAUUAAAAUUCGAUUUUGAACAAGUAAAAAACCACUAUAGAGGUAUAAUAUUUUCCAAAACCUACAAGAGUGUCUUUACCAUUGAAACCUAUAUAAAAUUCGAUAAAACCCAAAAGUCGUAAAUUUAUAAUCAUUUGUUGGGUGGUAUUGUACAGGGUCGCACUAUUGUAUCAUAUUACCUGGCAUUUUCCUUAUAGUUUGAAGAAAAAUACCAAUUUGGUAAAUUUAAUGAUUUUAAAACAGGAAAUUUUUGGUUUACAUUCUUGAGUUUGAAAUUUGAAUAUGUCUGGACUCUUGAAUUUUAAUCUUAAAUCUUACAAAUCAAUAAAAUAAGUUUUUUUAGUGGUUCUAAACUAUCUAUAUUUGUGCACAUAUAUAUACGUGAGUUCUCAAUUUUUUUCACAUAUUGAAUACAGUUUCUCCAGUUUUCAGCGGUUACAUUUUUAACUUCCAUCUUUGUCUACUCGAUCACAGUACUGUUUAAAGUAGAUGUAUUAUUGUGAACACGAACAUAAGACUUUAUGCCGUAUCAACUCAAUCGGAUUAAACAUACAAUAAUAUAGUGGAGGCCGAAUUACUUCGCGAAAUGCUUUUUUUAAAAUUUUGCCACAAACGUUUUUCUUCGAAAACUUAUAACUUUUUACAGUAUGUAACAAUUGUUGAACAUUAUAACUUUCCUAGAAAUAUAUGUGACAUUCGCACAAAGAAUCUUCUAUUUCAUUUUUCCUAUUAAUGGAACCUGGUAUCUUAUUCUUUGACGACUGAUAGGUUGCAUUAUCCAUCAUAAUACCGUUAUUCGGUGGUAUAUUCGGCAUUAAUUUAUUUGAAACCAAUACUCAAAACUACUACGGUUGUAUCGUAAUGAUAAUCUUGGAUGGAAUCCGAAAUAUUCUUGGCUGAUAUAAACAGACAUUCUGAUAUCCAUCCUCCUUCUGACCCCGCAUCUAGAAUAGUUAUUAUUUUACCUUUAUUAGACGUAGCGUCACAUUUUUUUGAACCAUUAAUUCUGUACCUUGAAACAAAAAGGGCCAAUGUCUAUUUUCGUCAAAUGACAGGACCCAAUUUAAAUUUGAGGAAUUGGCCAUUUUUGCAUUUCCAGUAAAUAACUUUGGCCGUGACAAAAUAUUUUAGUUUCAAUGAUCUAAUAAUAAGAGGACUUUGGUCCUUUUAACAAUUACUAUAUGUCGCAUCCUGAAUUCAAUUGUGCAUUUAACUCAAAUUUUGAAAUUUUGGACAUUGGCCCUUUUUUUCCAAGGUACAGAAUUCAUCUUUCACUGGGUGUCGUACCAAGUCCCAUCUAGGUAGAUUAUCGUUUGGUUUUCCGAUCUAGCUAUACAGAGUGAGUUUUAUGUAUGGAACGCCUCAAUUAUCUCGGUAACGGCUUCUACAAUGUUUAUAAAUUUUUGUGUACAAGGGUCUUGUGAUUAGGCCGGUAUUAUAGUGGUAUAUACAUCGUUGUCAGAUCUUUCCUUUUUCCGGAAAAAUAAUGAACUUUGUUUCAUUUCAAAUCGAUUAUCCUAUAUAUUUUGUGUUUUUAGAACUCCUUAAGAAGUACUAAUUAUUUUUCAUGUAAUAUUUUCUAUAACUAAAUGCCAUAAUUUCGUAGUUAUAGCAACAUUUACAGUAUAUUCACAAAAGUUACAAUAAAUAUUGUACAUUUAGAUGGCUACGAUUGAAUAAACUCGUUGAAAUUAAAUAUUUUUUAAUAAUUUAUAUGAUAAUACAAAUCUUGUACAAAGGUCUAGUGUCAGUAAAUUAGUAAAAAGUUUAACGAAACUGGUGUAUUAAAAUAUUUAUUCAAAUCAUGGCGCAGAAAACCUACACCAACUGAAGACAAAUCUUGAAAUGUUGACCAUCUACUUCAAUACAACAAGCCCUGCGAUUUUUGAAACUUUCCAACAAAUUUUACAACAUCCCUGACUGAUUAAUUCUUCUUAUCUCUGUGGUAAUCCUAUCUUUUAAUUCCUGAAUAUUGGCAGGUUUUGUUUUAUAAACGAUAUUUUUUAAGUGACCCCACGUAAAAUAGUCUAAAGGAUUCAUGUCGGGUGAUCGCGGGGGUCAUUCGAUAAAACCACGCCUCCCAAUCCAUCUUCUGAGAAACACAUUAUUUGGGUAGAUAAUGCCUCGCCACACACGCAUAGUGAAGUGGGGCACCAUCUCGUUGUAGCCAAAUAUUGUCGUUUGGGAGAUUGUUAUUGUCUGAAAAUAUCUAAUAAUGAAGUUUUUUUUAUAUGUAAUUGAAAAUACUUACUUGGAUUUGAAAAUAUCCGAGACAACUCAGGAAUAAUACUAUUUUCCAAUAAAUCUAAAUACGUCGGACCAUUUGAGUUACCCUCAAUGAAAAAGGGACCAAUUAUUUUGCGCCUAUUAUUCCAGCCCAUUCAUUCACUUUUUCGGGAUAUUGGGAGUGGGAUUCACGCAUCCAGCGAGAAUUGUUACGUGGCCAGUAUCUACAAUCUACAACGUUUCCAUUAAUACCAAAAAUGGCCUCAUCGCAAUACAUGACAUAAUUUAAAAAAUUUGGAUCGUUUUGAUUGUAACAUUUUUCCAUCAUUAGGUCUGCAAACUCUUCACGUCUAUCAAAAUCGUCAUCUGAUAAGUCUUGAACCAACGUUACUUUGUAUGGAUGGAAUUUAUUAUCACGUAAAAUUUUCAUUACGGAUGUUUGCGAAAUAUCAAGUUCCCUGGAUAUUUGUCUAGUACUCAAGUGUGGAUCGUCUUUCAACAGAACACAAACAUUUAAAGUUUUGUUUUCAGUUGAUGCAGUUUUUGUGCACCCUAAUUUGGAUAAAUCUUUUACUGAACCAGUUUCGUUAAAAUUUUUUACUAAUUUACUGACAGUAGAUCUCGUUAUCUUUGGUACACCAUUGUCUUUACUUGUUUUUUAAGAGCUAUCGGAUUAUUCAAAAUUUUCCAAAUUGAGCUAUCGGGGAUGCUUGUUAAAGCUAAAGUCUGUUUUAAUGAAAAUUAUUUCUUGUGGCCUCGCUCUACUAACUCUUAAGUAAGUAAGUUGGACUUAAAAUUUUUAAAGCUUCACAUACAAUUUUUAACUGAAAAUAAAAGUUCGUUUUCGUCUUCCAACUAAUUACUAAGGAAAUCGAGAAGAAUUUUUUCUAUUGUAGUAUGUAGGUUUAUUAAUUUGGAUGGACUUCUCAUGAAGAGCAAAAAUAUCUUAAAAAUUUCUUUUAUCGCUAAAAAUAUCAAAUUUAUCUUUAUCAUUUGGCCACUGAAUCGGUUUAGCAGCCAAGAUAGAUACAAAUUUUUUCACCUAUACAAAACUUUUUUAGGUAUUUAUUUGCCCUUAGAAUUUCCUAGUAACAAUUCACGUGUAUAAUUGUUUCCAGUUUCACUGGACCAUUCACUUUCAUAUUCACAACCAACUAAAGACAAUUUCAAUCUUAAUAAUUUGUAACAACCUGAUAAAGCACGAAACACGAUCUAAAAUAUAUAUUGACAUGCGCGAAUCCAAAUGUUCCAAAAUUUAUUCAAAAUAUUUGUUCACGUCUCUACAACAAGUUUAAUUUUUUGCUGGAACGUGAAAUUUGUGUUCACUACUUGGACUUGAUACUGUUGGAACGCGAUUUUCAUUUCGCGUAGGAUCAAAUAGUUACAGUCUGCUGGAACAAAGCUAGUAUUUCUUUAAGUUCUGAGAAAACAAGAUAAGUAUAUUUGAAGAAAAAAAAAAGCAUUUAUAUACAAUAAUUUUUGAAAAACAUAACAACCAAAUACUAUAAUAUUAUCUUAAGUAGUUUAUAGUUACGUUGAAGGAUAAUAUUGUAAAACUUACCCCAAUCAGGGAUACAGGGUGGAAAAUGAACUAUAUCUUCAAGAUCAAUGAGUUUUUAAUCAGACUCUAAAUAACAUAUUAACUACCCUGACGUUUUAACCUGUAUAAAAAUUUACGGUCAAGUUCAUCACGUAUUACAUAGCUACAACUAUAUUAACUAUCAACAAUAUACAUUAAUACUCCAUCAUAUAUGACUAAUAACCAUCUAUAUAUUUUCUUCCAUGGUCUCUUUUCUGUUUAUAUAAAAUUGAUAGUAAACAAUUCGCUCUUUGUUUAAUUAUACACCUUGUUUGUAUAUGUGACUUCCUAAAUGUACAAUAACUAAUUAUUGAUUGUUUUAUACUAUUACGAACGUAAUUUUGGCUUUUAUCAACCUGGUCCUCGCGUUCAGUUCAACUUGGUUGAUAUUAAUCUAUGGCCUUCGAGGUUAAUAACCACCACUGUACUUUAGAGCCAAAUUAUGUCAAAUUGUGCAAAAUUUCAAUCAGAACCUUCAAAAUUCAUGCAUAUACUAAAAGACAAAUAAGGAUUUGUAGUGUCAAAAAUUUCUCUAGGCUUUGUGUCACUUUCUAUAAGUAGUAAAAGUUAAUAUUAAACUUGAUAUUGAAUUUUUUUUCUUUCUCAACUAUAAUUUUUUGAUAUCUCUGAAACUACUGCUAUAUUAACUUCCUUCCUAGAGGAUACAGUCAAAAUUUAAUACAUAAAAGAUUUCUUCUUUAAUUGAAAUGUUUUGGCCAUAUAUACAAUUGUUUUAGUUCGUAAAUUACAAACACUGACACUUUUUUUGUCUUAUGUCUUAUAUGAUGGAAAACUUAAUUAGGAAUAUUUAAUCAACACAAUUACUACAAAUAUAUUCCUUUGCUUUAAAGUGACUAAAUUUACUCGUUAAUAGGAUCUUAUAAAUUACUUAAUUCAAUCAACUUACCUGUGAAACAUUAACAUCAGUUUUUUGGUCAUUAUAGAUGCAUAUAAAACGGCGUUUGAUUCUGGCAUUUUUCGCAAAUUUCUGGUUCACAAGCGAUAACCAAUAUAAUAUAUUAACGCAAAGGAAUAACUCAACCGACACCGAAUUUAUUUUUUGUUUAUUUUAUAAGUUCUUGAAAUGAAAAUCGCAAAAAUUCCAAAUUUUUAACUACGUUAGAAAACUAUUACCAUGGAUUUUUUGAGCUGUUAUAAUACAGUUUUUAUUUGUUAAUUAUCUAUAAAUAAAACAUUUUUCUAUAUAUAAGAAUAAACUGAAUAAACUUUUUAAAGUUAAGCUCUUACAUUAUCCUAUAAUCACGUUAAAAAUUAAAAGCAUAAUAAACUUAAUUACUAUAAAAUAUUAAAAUCAGUUAAAUAUGAAUCUUAUUUAUAUUAAAAUGAUCCUGGCAACAAAAAUAAUUACGUUUCGCAGGAUCGUCAAAACGACCAAUACUUUCAAUGUUUAUUUUUAACCUAUGACGACCUUAUUGAAAUGUUCAAACUACCUACAAAAUUUUUGAAUUUUCUAUAAUUUUUUCUCUAUAAGUAUUGAUCAAAGAAUUUUAAAAAAUAUAAUAAAAGUUGUUUAUAAACUAUCCAAUACUAUAUGACAAAUAAAUAAUUUUUUGGGUGUAAAACUGGCACAAAUUUAAAUUUCUUCAAAGAAGUAUAAUGAAAUGAAUUUUAAAUUUGACAAGUAGUUUGACCUAAAACUUUGGAAGUAUGGCUAACGAUACUGAAUAUACUGUUUGCGCCAACACUAACAAUUAUACUGUCUGACGUGCGUUUCGAUAACCAAGUUAUCGUCUUCAGAGACUGGAGAUAAACUUUAACGAUGUUGCCGAAUUUAAGGUAUAAAAUAUAAACAAUCUAGGAUAAAAUUUUAUAUUCAAAAAAAUAUUAGGGAAAUAUUGUUAAUCAAAAUUUAUUUAGAAUACAUGAUUUUUAUUAGUGUUACAUAAAUUGAACUUCACUUCAAUUUUGUUAUUGCAUGUAGAAUCCUUUUAAACACAAGAAAUAUUUGAUCCGGCAAUUUAGUUGAACAAAAGAAUACAUAUUAUACAAGAGCCCGGGUACACGCACCGUCAAUUUUUUUUGCUUUUUUAGUAAGGGCUUUUUAACUACUAGCAUUCUAAUAAAGUUAAUUCUAUGCUCAAUUUUAAAAUUCAAAUAGAAAACAAUAAUUGAUUAUGAUUAGUCGAAAUUUGAAACUUGAAAAUGCUUUAUUCUAAUAAACUACCAAUGUGCUUUGUUGCCAAGCUAAAUAUAUUUCGGAGAUGAUUGGAAAUAAAUAUAUCAUUGUUAUGAAAAGUUCGUUAUUAUUUAUUAUUCAAAAUUGAUAAUUCAGUCUAAUUGUCAACUAUGAAUUUCUUUAAUAAACUUCUGAAAAUAUCAAUUUAUUAUGGAACUAUUGAAAAUAAUGAAUACUUAACCAAUUAAUCCUAAUAUUAUUUUUUUUAACACGUUGGACCCCAACCAAAAUUGA